AUGGGCGAGCAAUGGCGGAUGGCUCUGGCGCUGCUGAGCGAGAUCCGGGAGGCGAAGCUGAAGCCCGAAGUCAGCCACAACGCUGAGGAACAGCGCGUGAGUGAAAGGUGGUCAGUGGCCGCGGGCUUUUGCGCUGGUGACCGAGAUGUGGGAGGCGAUGUUGGGAUUCGGACGUUAUCAGAACUUGAGCGCUGUGAUCACUGGGUGCAAGAAAGGACGAGCAGUGGCAGCCGACGCAGGCGCUGCUCAGCGAGAUGUGGGUGGCAGUGCUGGAGCCCAAAUGCCAUCACCAAUUGCAGCGCUGGUGUCAGAGCGUGCUAG